AUGGCCGAGAGCCACAGCUGGUGGAAGCUGACCUUCCUGCGGAAGCGCAAGUCCAUGCCCAAGGUGCUGUACGACAGCCCCGACGUCCACGCCGGCGACGGCCCCGAGGGCAGCGGCGAGGAGGGGACGCCCGAGUUCGCCGCCCGCCUGGAGAAGAUCGUGGACAAGAGCAGCAAGGGCAAGCACGUGAAGGUCUCCAACUCCGGCCGCUUCAAGGAGAAGAAGAAGGUGCGGGCGACGCUGGCCGACAACCCCGGCCUUUGCACGGGCACCGAGCGGGAGGAGAAAUGAGGCCGGGAGGGGGCACGGUCCCUGCGGGUCACGGCCCCCCCGCCCCCCUGCAGCCUCCCAUCCUGCUCGGCUCGGUGCCGGUGACACGAUGGAGCGGGGGGGCUCGCUGCGGGGCUGGCCGGACCCCCCCCCAGCACCGCGGAAGGAGAAGUGACUCGGGUUGGACUUUAUUUAAGCAGGCAGCCGCAAUCCUGUUUGAGCGCAGCCCCCGCGGGUGCUGGCUGCGGGAGCCCCAUCCCUCGGCGCUGCCCCGAGCGCGGUGCCGUGGCCCCGGCCCCUCCCGGCCCCGGAGGUGACACCGGGCAGAGCCCUGCUCGUCCCCAGGGGCUGCCACCACCCCGUGCUCCGGC